AUGUCUUUCGAGUCGUUGGAGCAGUCUUUUUACACGGGAGACUAUAAGGCAGUCAUCGAAACUGACCUGGAGGCAAUUGCUGACCCUGAGGAAAACUUCAAGGCGCAGUUACUGCAUGCUAGAGCCCGCAUUGCUGAUGGCAAGGCCAAGGAAGUAAGUGCAGCUUUGACAUCGUCGAAUGAUUCCGUUUGGGCUCUUGUAAAAGUCUAUGCUGAUAGUGUUGCGACAGGUGUUGAUGGGACGGACAAGGCUGUUGAUAUUGUUGAGUCUGAUCGCGAUAAUAACUACGUGAAGCUUUUAGGUGGCCUUAUUUUUGCCCGCGCUGGCGAGCUCGAGAAGGCACUUGCUCUCCUGAAAACGCACGAGUCAAGUCUCGAGUGUGUUUUACUCACUGUUCAAAUUCUACUUAUGCAAGGAAGAGUUGAGGAAGCCGUUGUGCUUGUCAACGAAACUCGCAAAUGGGCCAACGACCACUUACUCUACAACUUGGCCGAAGCUUGGACUUGCUUGUUCCAGAACAAAGAGCAGGUCCAGAAAACCUACUACAUUUUUGAAGAGCUCAGUGGCUCACAUCCCACUGCACGGACUUAUCUGGGCGAAACCAUUGCUCAACUAAAGCUUUUACGGUUCCCUGAAGCUUCAGAGAGCCUCCGUCAGGCAGUGGCUCUAUCACCCGACAGCGACGACGUGCUGGCCACGAACAUUGCCCUUGCAUUGAUCCAGAAUGAGGAUGCCCAGGAGUUCCGCGAUAACCUUGGGAAAACUUCACUGCCUGCUAAUGCCCUGCGAGAAAAGUCAGAGCUUUUCGACAGAGUUGUGCAAAAGUACCAGAGCCAGAUGCCUCGGGCUUAG